AUGACCACUCGGGGCUCUGACACCAGGCUACCUGGAUGUUAUAAAAAGGGUGGUUGGAGAAUUAAGGGGAGCUUCUUUUUGUUGGUCUAUCAGAUCCAUGGACUCGUGUUUAACAGAAAACUGCUGGGGUGCGUGCGUUUCGAUGUCGCCACGGUGUGGAAACAACCAGAUCAUCAGUUUUACCACAAGUGGGCAGUACUGCUGGAUCGGAACUCUAAGAAUAAUGAUGUAAGAGGUUUCCUUAAAUGUGACGUCACCGUCAUCGGGGAAGGUGAGACAGUCAAGGUGCAAGAAUCCGACGCAAAUAAGGAUGAAGAUGAUAUUGAGGGCAAUUUGCUGAUGCCUGAUGGAGUGACGCCGGAAAGGCAGAGAGCGCGCUAUACGAUGCGUGUGUAUCGAGCCGACAUCGUCAGCCCCACAACCAACAAUGCAAGUUCGCUCUGUCGUUCUGCGGAUCACAUUAAUCCUUUCGUCCAGAUAUCAUUCGCGGGGCUCAAGGGUGAAACAACCAAGAAGAAGAAUGACAAAGCGCCGAUAUGGAACGAGGAGCUGCUAUUCUACGAUUCGUACCCACCGCUGUGGCAGAGAAUCAGGCUGCAGUUACGGAACUCUGAGAGAGUUGGUUCCAGCCUCAUCGCCGCGCACGUGCUGGACCUGUCCACCAUCUCCUCACUAGAUUUCCUGCCAACGUUUGGCCCCGCAUUCGUUAACUUGUACGACUCUGCAGAUACGGGCACAAUGUGUUCAGCCCUGAGUCCAGCGUCGCCGGAGAAUGGACAGGCAUACAGAGGGCGCUUGCUGCUAGCAGUUCGCACAGAGACUUUAGACAGCUGUGCGACGUCGUCCCACAUGGAGCCCGCAAAGCGUCGGGUCAUACGCGAGGCCGCAGAACCCCUCAAUGAAGGAGAAUGCUGGAAGAUGGAAGAAAUACUGCUUGUAGGAGUAGUAUGGGAUAUAUCCAUGUUGAAACCUGAGUUGAAGCGCAAGCAAGUUUCUGUUGAGAUCAGCUUUGGAGACAUGACACAAGCAGGACAGCAGAACGUUGCCGAGGCAGCUCCAGAUGGCAUAUCAAGGCAGACGAAUGGUGAGACGGAACCCAAUAUUCGAAGCGCCACAAUGCCUCGACAACCCGUCAAGGAUGGCAGUGCUUCCUAUAGUUCAGUGUCAUAUGGCAGCAAGAAACCGUGUCUCUUUACAUCCUCGUGGUGGCCAGCUGUCAGGCAUCGCUUGUACCAUUCCAAUCUACUGGCCCAUCUUGCACACGAGCUUGAAACCGUGAUUGCACGUCCACCAACGUGGAUAAGCGAGGAUGAGACGGAGACACUUCUGAGAGAUGCCUUAUCUAAACUGAGAAUCCGAUGUGCAGAUUACUUGAGUAUCACUCCGAAGCAAAUCUACCAGGAGAAUAAUAGCACUAACUUGGACAAAAUGCGGAUAGAUUUCUGCCGCAAAGAAGUGCCACAACAUUCACUUCCGGAUGUAUUCGUGUCGCUUGUGGCCGACAAGGAGCGUCUUGCAGUUUGCCGUAUACCAGCACGACAUCUUAUAUUCUCCACCGAGCUCGACAAGCGUGGAAUACACUGCGGCCGUCUGCAGUCCAUUAUUAUGAAGGGUCCAGAGAAGAAAGAGAAUUCUCCAGAGGUGAUAACGGCUAAUCUUGACAUUGCAUUGUGGCUGGGACCAUCAAAACAUAGGAACCUCUGUUUCGACUCGCUGCCCACAGGCUAUGAACCUGUGGAAGGCUUCGGAUCUCACCCCAGUGAGCUUGCGCCCGUACCUACUUUUAUUCGCUACGCGGAGAAACAUGUCUUCGAAUGCCGUGCUUUCAUUUACCAAGGUUGGCUUAAACAGGGAUCUGACAAAACAGCGCUGUGCGAUUCUUUUGUGAGAAUAGUCCUGGGUUCCCAGAACAAGGAUACUAAGGUUGUGCCGGCGAAGCUAGACCCUACGUGGGACGAGACACUAGUGUUCUGGGACGUGAUUCUCUAUGGUUCUCGUGAUUACAUCAAGUUGCAUCCUCCCACCAUUAUGAUAGAAGUGCUGGACAAGGACGUGAUUAAGAAGGAACUGGUCGGCCGUGCCACCGCUUCACCGCAGGUCAAGCUGUUGGAGGAAUCAUACAGCCCACCUCGUCUCCAGCGGUACAGUUUGUUCAAUGGCGACGAAUUCACGGGGGAAAUGUUAGCAGCAUUCCACCUACUUGAGUUAUCUGGAGACGCAUCACAGAUAGACAUGCCAGAGCAGAUGAUGCAGGACCCUGUGACUAGAGUGCCGCCAGAAAUUACACCCAAAAUGAUGGCAUAUAGAAUUGAGGUACUCUUUUGGGGAAUACGGGAAGUGAAGCACUGUCAUUUGUUUUCCAAAAUGAAGCCGCGAGUGGUUAUGGAGUGCGGAGGAGUUGAUCUGAAAUCCACUGUGAUACAAAACAUGAAAGAGACUCCGAACUUUGAGAACCCUGUACUUCAAGUAGACACGAUGAUACCGGAGGAAAGAAUGUACUGUCCAUGCAUUACGUUCACAGUUUACAAUGACGCUUGUUUCCGUUCGUACUUCGGCACUCACGUCCAGCCAACCGUCGCUCGUUUCCUGGUGGAACCGGAAACCCAGGAGCAGUGGGCGGCCAAAAUGCAAACCGUCAUCUUACCACGGAGAAGGACAAAUUGUACCUAUGUUGAAAUGAUUUGUGACGAAACCAGCACGUCAAUGUACGACGAAGAGGACACACCAUUAUUGGCCCCCAGAAAGAAGAAGUGGCCUCUUGCUACGGUUUCUGCAUUCCUUACAUUUCGAAGAAACCCCGAGAAGGAAGAGUCAAACAAUGAGACGGCUACAGCAGUAAGAACAAAGAGUGUUACCGACAAUGAAGAAAUUGACUGGUGGACAAAAUACUAUUCUUCUAAGCAGGGAAUGGCCGACGCUUCUGUAUACCAGAAAUCAGAAGUCGAAGAUGACGAAGAAGCUGACGUAACAUUACUCGGAGAUGAAAGCAGAAGCAAGAGAUAUUUGAAACGCAGGAAGCCUAAAAUUAGGAUUUAUCCAAAUGAACUGGAAGCACAACCCGAUUUCAACGGUUUCAACGACACGCUGCAAACCUUCGAUAUUUUUAAAGGAAAGAGGACUGGAGACGAACUUCUUGAUAGAGAAAACAUCGUUGCACAGUUAAAAGGAACAGCAAAAGUGUACCGAUGGCCUCCUCCCCAAGGAACUGUGUUCGUGACCGAGAAUGGCUUGAAUGUGGCACAAGGAGGAUUGCUACAAGAUAUGCCGUCGAAUGCUCCUGUAAAACUUUCAGUUCGGGUGUACGUGGUUCGGGCUUUUGGACUCUGCUCGCGAGAUCUUAAUGGGAAAUCAGACCCAUACCUCAUGAUCAAGCUCGGCUCUCGUAGCAUCAGCGACAAGGUCAAUUACUUCCCGCGACAACUGGAUCCUACAUUCGGCAGAUGCUUCGAACUGGAGGCGAUACUGCCAAGAGACAACACGUUGACAGUGUGCGUUAUGGAUUUCGACAUUGCUGGACUUGAUGAUAUCGUAGGUGAAACCAGCAUUAAUCUGGAAAAUAGAUACUACAGCAGACAUAGGGCCACGUGUGGACUGGCCUCCAGCUACGAAGUGGCUGGAUACAACAGAUGGAGAGAUGUUUCAAAACCAUCACAUAUAUUGCAAAAUUUGUGCAGGAAGUGUAACAUUAGUGGUCCAAAAUAUAUCGGGGGCCACAUUGUUUUGGGGGACUGUGAUGAAGUUAAACUGCAAGAACUGCGUGAAAAUUCGAGAGAGUCUGAGGACGAAGGUUUGAACCAAGAGGAACUGGCGCUGUACGCGUUGCGACGAUGGCACAAAGUAUGCCGCGGAGGCUAUCGCCUGGUGCCAGAACACGUAGAGACGAGGUCUCUGUUCCAUCCGAAGAAGCCUGGAAUCGAACAAGGGAAGCUGGAAAUGUGGGUGGACAUGUUCCCGAUGGGAGAAGUGCCUCUGCCUCCUCCAGUUGACAUAACCCCCCCACCACCGCAGGAGUACGAAUUGCGGGUCAUCAUCUGGAACACAGAAGACGUAAUAUUGCAGGAUGACAGCUUCUUAAUAGGAGAGAAAAUGUCUGAUAUUUUCGUAAAAGGGUGGCUGGUUGGUGACGACGUCCAGACGACUGACGUCCACUACAGGUCGCUGACUGGAGAAGGCAACUUCAACUGGCGCUUCAUAUUUCGGUUCAAUUACCAUGCACCAGAGAACAAGAUUAUCAUAGUUAAGAAGGAUUCACUUUUCCUCAGGAAGUUAACUGAACAUAAGAUUCCAUGCCGCUUGCAUCUUCAGAUCUGGGACAACGACUUCAUAAGGAAUGACCUUCUGGGGUCUCUGACAUUUGAUCUGGCCAAGAUGCCUCGAGGGGCACGAUCUUGCCGUAGCUGCGGCCUUAAUAUCGUAUCAAAACACGCACCUAGAAUCAGUCUUUUCAAGAUGUCUCGCUUCAAAGGCUGGUGGCCCUUCCAGAAUGUACCACCCGAUGGUCUUCAACCCAAACUGACAGGCAAACUGGAGGCAGAGUUCACACUCUUGACAAAGGAGGAAGCAGAGAGAAAGCCAGCCGGUUUUGGGCGUAAUGGCCCGGAUCCUCUCAGCCUGCCAAAACGACCGGAAACUUCUUUCCUGUGGCUAAUGAAUCCAGUGCGAUCCUUCAAACAUAUAAUAUUGCCCCAUUUCAAAGGUGUAUUUUUAAUAAGUGUGAUCUCUAUCAUAAUCUUCGUAGGUUUGUUUUUAUUAAUACGUUAUUUAAUCAAUAAGUUCACUAUUUAGAAAUAGAAACGUUGUCAAGAUAUUGUUCUGUGCCUUUUUGAAAAUUGGGUACAUCAUGUUUUGCCAGCUACAUGACGGCAGCCCUUACGACUGACGUUGGCUAUUUUCCGGCUGUUAGGCUGGAGCCACACGAGCGCACAAAAUGCGUCCGUUGUAACGAACGUCGUGCCGUCCGU